GCAAACUGGGAAACUCCCGACUGGGAUUGCCUCCCAGAUGGAGGAUGGUGGCAGGUGGUUCAUCAUCCCAUGGUCUAUGCCAUGGUGAGACCCAUCGAGCCAUUGCUGCCUCACAACAGCGGGUAUAACAUAAGGAACUUGGAGCGGCUGUGCCAAGAAUCAGGCAGAGAUGUUCAUAGCCUUUGUCAAAUCCACGUAGUUGGCGAGGUGCUGGCAAUUAGGGAACGCUUCUGGGACGCGGAGCAGCAGUGCUUUUGGCUCCGCCUUCGCGAUGAAGGGGACUUCGGCGAGCAAUGGCUGCGGAAGGACGGCACAUCCUUGGGUCUUGGAACUAUCUUGGAGGCCUUGCCAUCGAAAAGACCUAGCGCUAUGCUGCAACAAACGCAUCGCAGAGCUUUGCGGGAGGUGAGAAGUGUGAGGACUGCUUUGGACCAUGCAAGGGGCAAGGAAGGCAAGGGCUUGACGACUCCAUGGCAGCCAUGGCACGAGGUACCGCGCUUGUCACUUGCCGAUGCGCAGCUAGGUGCCCAGGUAAAUUGCGGCAUCAAUGGCGAGGAGUGGGCUAGAGCCUUGGGAUGGUUAAAAAUAGCUCCUGGAGACGAUGAUGGGCCUUUGAUACAACAACUUCUCUCAGAAGGAGUUUUGGUGGUGGAGCAUGCCUUCCCGCCCGACUUUGCCGAGCAAUUUCUGGAAGAAGUCAGUGAGCUUGACAACGGCUGGAACCUCCACCCUGCUCCACAGCUGACGCCAGGACAGCGCGGGGAUCGCAUUGUUUGGAUCGAUGAGGACUUGGCGGCGGUCCGCUAUGGAGCACGUUGUGUGGCCAGUGGCAUCGCUUCGUUGAAGGCUUUGGCCCAUGUGCUCAACCCAGCAGUUUCGCGUCUCCAUCGUGCCUGCGCCGCAGCUGGGGAUCCCUUGCAUGUGCUUCUGCCCAAGGACCCUGCCAGUGAAGACGCAGUUCUGACCGUGUCUCCCAAGGCACAGCUGGCCUCCUAUAGCCAUGGAGGAGGCUACAUUUGUCAUCAAGACAAUCGCUUCAGGCCAAGUCAUGGCACGCGUUUGAACAGCCGCGAGCUGACAGCGAUCCUCUAUGCAAACCCGACAGAUUGGGACCUGCAAGGGGAUGGUGGUGCUCUGCGGAUCUAUUUGGGCUCGGAGCAGUUGGAAUCGGCUCCUCCUCCUGAGCAUCCCAACAUGGAGGUGAAGCCAACUGUUGGGACUUUGGUCGUUUUCUUCUCAAGGCUUUGGCAUGAAGUGUUGCCUUCUGAACGGCUGCGGCGGGCAUUGACCCUUUGGAUCUUGCGACCUGAAGAAGAGGAUAGCUGGAUUCCAACGGCUUUCUGAGGGUCAAGCCACUGGUGGCUAUCAGGUGCUGAAUGCGGUGCUCCAGGUCCAGCACAAUGUUUUCUGCAACAUUCCCAAGCGCGGCCCGUCGGCAACAUUCUAGGACGCUCUGCGCAUUGAGAAGAAGCGACACCACGACAACUGGAGGAACUAUAGGAGAGGAGGUUGAUUGGUUUCAAGCCGAAAUCAUGAAGGACUCUACAGAUACAUGGGCUGGAACCUUCGAACAUUGACGAUGGAUGACGAUGGUAUUUUCUGAAUCAUGCAUUUCUCGAAUGAAUUGUUGUAUGCUUCCUGCAUGUCACAGUGUGGCGAAACUGCUGCCACAUGCUGCUAUGAAACUGCAGCCAACAUCCAGUUGGCACAGUGAAUUUAAGCCUAGAAGAAAUUACAACAAGCUCGGCAAAAAGAGAUGGAAAAG